CUCACAUGUGUUUAAAGAGGAGGAGGAUCUCAAAGAGCCCAGUUGCCAGAAGGGGGACUCCACCUUGAAACAAGAGGAGCCUUUUCAGAUAAAACAGGAGCAAGAUGAACAAGAACAGUUUAAAGAGGAAGAGAAACAUCUCUGGAUUAGUUUGGAUGAAAAGCCAUUCGUGAAGAAAAAUGAGUCUAAUGACAUUUUGGCGUUUCCUUGCAAUUUGCAAAUAAUCCCCAAUGAAAAAGAUCCAAUCAAAAGCCAUGCCAUUCCUCAGGAAUACCCCAAAGUUGAGAACCAGGAUCAUGAAAGUAACAGUUCUGAAGACCAAGGAGAAAAGAGCAACGAGGAGCAGAAAGAAAACGAUAGAUGUCAAAACAACAAACAAUUGAACGUCACUGCUGACGUUUCAAAGCAAACUGACCUACAAAGUGAUAAAGAUUCGUGUAUUGUGAAAACUUGUGACAAAAUCCUGUCUAAAAACAGUCACUUGACUAGGCACGUGGAAAAGCAAGCUGCUAAGAAGCCUUUCUCAUGUGUUACAUGUGGAAAAAGUUUUCGUUUAAGAAAUGUCCUAACAAUACACAUAAGAACACACACAGGCGAAAAGCCUUUCUCUUGUGUGACCUGUAAAAAAUGUUUCAUAAAACGAUCUAAUUUAACACUUCAUAUGAGAACUCACACGAAUGAGAGGCCUUUCCCGUGUACAACCUGUGAAAAAAGAUUCACCAGCAGAAGCUGUCUAAUGCGUCACAUCAGGAGCCACACAAAAAGAGAAGCCUCUUGUGCAACCUGUGGAAAAUGUGUUUUAGAAAAUAGUUGUGAUAAACCUUUCACAUGUAAUGAUUGUGGAAGAUGUUUCAGUUGCAAAACCCUUUUAAGAAAACAUAUGCGAAUUCAUACAGGAGAUAAACCUUUCUCAUGCACAACCUGUGGAAAAGGUUACUCCGAUAGCAGUAGUUUAACUUAUCACAUGAGAACUCACACAGGUGAUAAACCUUUUGCUUGUAGUACUUGUGAAAAGAGAUUUGGUGUUAAAAGCCAUUUAACAAGGCACAUGAGAAUUCACACGGGUGAGAAACCUUUUAGGUGUAUUAUUUGUCAAAAAAGUUUCCGUACGACUAGUGUUUUAGAUCGUCAUUUGAAAACUCACACGAGUGAGAAACCCUUCUCGUGUAACACCUGUGAAAAAAUGUUCUCCAGAAAAAGCUAUUUAAAUCAACAUAUGAGAACUCAUACAGGGGAGAGGCCUUACUCAUGUACCAUUUGUGAGAAAAGGUUUCUCAUUAGAGGGAGUUUAAUGCGACACAUGGGAACUCACACUGGUGAGAAACCUUAUUUAUGUGAUAUUUGUAAAAAAGGGUUCAGUUGUAAAAGCCAUUUAACCCGACACAUGAGAAGCUCACACUGAGAAGCCUUUCUCUAGCAAGAUGUGCUCACAGUUUCAGGCAAAAAUGAGAACUCGUAUAUGCUGGGUGGUGCAAUGAGAGCUUUAAAUAUUAAACAAUGUAGUGACUGCAAUCACAACUG